AUGUUAACUCACAGGCCUAAAUGUGGAGUAUUGAAUGAAUCAGAUCCGUCAUGCUGCGCCCUGAGCGCGCGCGCCGCGGCGGAGCGAGAGCGGGUGUGGCAGCAGUCCUCGUGCGGAACGCGCUCGAGCCUGAGCUCUGUUAGAGUCUAUUGCCGCGAGUGCGCGGGCGCGGGCGGGGAGCCUCGGGCCGUGGGGCGGGGAGCCACGGGCCGCGCGCGGGGAAGCCCCGGGCGCGAGGCGGGGAGCCACGGCCGCGCCGGCGCACGCGCGGAUGUUGUUAAGACGAACUAUACUAGAGAUAGUAGGAGGCGUACCUACAGAUCGCAAUAUUCACCUUUAGGUAUUACUACAGAAAUAUCACGCCAACAAUUGUCGUAUCUAACUAAACGGAACGAAACACCCCGAGACUUCACGUCGCGCGUCGCAGGGCAUGUCCCAGGGCUUGGAGGCAAUACAUAUUAUAUAGUUCUAGUUACAAGUCAACACAUCAUUCAGUCUUCUCGUUACACUCAGCUCAUACAAAACACGACAAGCACUGAACGCCAGCCGCGCGCCCUCGGUCGGGCGACCCCGCGCGACCCCGCGUCACCGCUGCUUGUCAUAUUCAGAUAUACC